AUGGAUGUCCGAAAUACUAAUCCAGGGCUUGGAUUUAACGGUGUAGCAAUGGAGAACUUUCACGAUAAACUUAUCGGUAUGUCAAAGGAAGAAUUAGAACGUCUUUUCAACGACCAGGAGAUGAUUCGCAAAAUGGUUCUUGAGAGUAACUCCCUAAAAGCUUUGAAGUCUACUAAGAAACGGCUUUUGAAAAGUAACCAACAAAAAGCUGCCAAGAAUUUAGAAAGCGAGCCUAAAAUGGAAAGUGUUAGAGAAAAUUUAAUUUCAGCUCAUCAAGAAUUCAACGAAGCUCUCAAGGAAUACUCAUCUUAUAAGAGCAAAUUAGAUGAAAUUCGUGGUUCAUUUUCGACGCAAACAAUGCUUGCUCUAAUGAAAGUUGCCAAUGCUGAAGAAGAUGAACUAUCUGAGCAAUUGCAGAAAGAUCUUGUGGACAAGAAGAUAGAAUUGGACGAGUUCCUUACUCGAAUGUACGAGCUUCGUAAAUCCUACAAUAUGCGCCGUAUUAGAAUUGAUAAACUUAGUGAAUUAGAGAAUUCUGCCCAUGGUUAUCAUAGUCCACCUCGACCGUCCUAUCCUUCACCGUUUGCCUCAUUACCCCACAGUCGUUCUGGCCCCUAUCCUAAACUGUAA